CUCGUGCCGCUUGACCAAUGUGGAGUAGGGCACGUGCUGGUGGUGGAUACGGUCCUAGCCUUGAUUGCGGCCGACGCACACGCCGACGUUGACGCAGGGGAACGCGACGCAGGUAGGGGAUGUGGCGACGGCACGGCACGGCGGACAAACGGAUAUAUAGCACACGCACGAAUCGCUCGAGGAUAACAUCUCGCUGUCCCAGGAACGGCGGGCGGCAGAGCAGGAGGGGGGCUGCGCGUUGCGUUGGUGGAGGGUGGUGGCGGGCGAGAGAGGGAAGCCGGCCAAGGGGUGAGACGUCGGACGUGGGACAGCACAGCCGACAACGGCGGCACACCGUAGGCGGAGGCGGAGGAUGCAGGGGGGGGAGAAUCUCAUCGGCCGGGAGCCCACGAGAGAACGUGUAGGAAAGCGAAGAGUGGAGGGAUAUUCCAGCGUGUCCAUCGUCGUUUAUAUCGUCGGAGGGGCAAGAGAGAGAGAGAGAGAGAGAGAGAGAAAGUAGGAGAGGGGAGAUUUGGUUUCGCGUUGGAGGGGGAGAGGGUGGACGGUGCGCGCGAGCGGGACGGAGAUAGAGGUAGAUAGAGAGAGAAGGAGUAUGGGGGCGGUGGCUGCUACGGCUACACGGCCGCCAUCACCAUCCGUGUCCCAUCCUAUAGUAAACUGCUCCAAAGCAGUCCCCGAUCCGUCUCCGUGUGUGUUAGUUAGGGAAUCGUGUUUUAACCCGGUGCUUCUGGCUUCUCUACUCGGCGCGAGGCUGCUAGUAACGCACCGAACCGUUUCUGCCUAGUUGCCCGCUCCGUCUCUCUGCUAUGUCUUGACACACCAUCCGCACACACAGCCAUCCUCUCUCACUUCUCUUUCGCUUUUCCCAAUUCCCGUCUCGCGUUUCUUCCUCACACACUCUUGACCGUCUCGCAUCCGUCUCGCGUCCCCUUCCCUGCACCCUUUUCUCCCGUCCUCGGUCCUCCCCUGUUCCGCGCGUGUAGUCACCCACCGUCAUUGUCCAUCCUCUCUGAUCUUCUCGCACCGUGAUCUUCUCGCAAUCGGGAGUGCUUCCCUUUAUUUUUUCUUUCUCUCCUCUCUGUGCGUCGGUGGUGCGUGCUGCGAAGACGGACGUCUCAAACGAGAAGGUGUCGAAAGUGGAGGAGGAAGUGAUGGAGUAGGGAGGGAAGGAGAAGGUAAAAGAGGAGGAGAUGGAGGAGAAGAAAGAAGAAGCGAUACUACAAGAAGAGUAAGAAAAAAGGAGCGUGCAACAUUCUUGUGCGCGAUAUUCCCGCGAAUAUACCCGGAGCACGGAGUAGCCUCUCCCUUUUCUCUCUUUUUCUCUUCCUCUUUCCCUCUCAUUUUCUAUCUUUCAUUUGUCUCCCUUUCUCUCUCUCUCUCUCUCUCUCUCUCUCUCCCUCUCUUUCUCUAUACGCGCGCGCGAGUGAAAUGAUUAUUUACAAAGCGUAGUCGUGGCCCACCGUCGUCGCGCGCGUUUCAACCGUCCACCGUCUCGACAACGACCACAAAAUUACGAGAGCGUCGCGACGGCGAGACGCGAGGAAGACGCGAGGUAGAAAAGCCGGAGGGAAUGACGUUUCCAAGUUCCGGCGUGGAUGGCACUUCGUGGUGCGAACUCUGGCACCAAACUCACCUGGAAUCCCCGGGGGAGACUUAUUUCACAUAAAGUAUUGGCGCACGACCAAAGAGGAUCUCCGAAAACGGAGCAACCUGGUUGGAGCACAAUUUCGACAACUGGAAUUCUCCGUCCUGUCAAGAGCACCGUGCUCGUUUUUUCUCGCACAGCCACAUUUUCUCCACAUUUUCCUUCGCAUUUCGUGCCUCUUCCACGUGAAUCAACCAGCAGUGACGCGCGUGUUUUCCAUGUCCGUUGCCGAUGGGCACUUGAUCGACUCGGUCGAGCGGUAGGCUUCCUCUGACCUCUGGGCGGCCGUAGUCAUUGCCGUCGUCGGAGUCCACGUAGCCGUGCCGCGACGAUGAAACGAGCGAUUCGUCUCGUCAGUCUGUGUCUUGAACCACGAUAGAUCACAUGAUUGUAGUGAUAGCGAUGAAGAGAGGAUAGAUGAUCGGGUGACAAGGGAGUGAUAACGGUAGACCUCCGCAUGCGCGCGCCGCAACGAGGUAUCGCGAGGGCAGCGAGAGUUCAAGUUGAAAGUACGUGAGAGAGGCGACUUGAGAAGAGAGGAAGAAGAAGAAGAAGAAAUUGCAGCGAUGUUGAUGCGCCGCUGUGCCUUAGAACGCCGAUGGACAACGAACUCAUCGUCGUGAGGCGAAAAUCGAGCUGACGCCUCCCUCCGCCGAAGCCGGAGAACGGAACCUGGCCGCGACGUCGAGGAGCCGAAGCCGGAGCUGGAGGAGGAGGAGGAGGAGGAAGAGGAGGAAGAGGAGCCGCCGGACGUAACCCUCAAGGCACCGGCUCCCGCGAAUAUGAGCAUGACUCUCGUCCGAAAUUCGUUCAAAGGCUGUAGCGAGGACGACGCAGGUGUCGUGGAUACGGAGGUGGGCGGAGGUUGCGCGGGUGGAGCGCCAACCGCAGGAGGUGGAAGUGUUGCCGGCGAUGGAAGUGGUGGCGGCAGCGGUGGUACGUGCGGGGGGGUGGGUGGUGGCGGCGACAGCGAGGGCGGAUCAUCCGCGAAGCAGCAGCAGGGUGGCGAAAGGUGUCCUCAGUGCGGCAUCCCCUGUCGGGACGGCCGUGUCCUGCAGCUUCAUCUCGAGGACACGCACAAAACGUCCUGUACCAUCGACAAGCACGAUCUCAACGCCCAGUUCUCCCAAGUGUCCUGUAAGGUGUGUAGCAAAACCUUCGCCAACGUCUACCGAUUGCAGAGGCACAUGAUUAGCCAUGAUGAAAGUGCUGUUCUACGAAAGUUUAAAUGUCCUCAUUGCGAGAAGGCCUUCAAGUUCAAGCAUCAUCUUAAGGAACAUCUGCGCAUUCACAGUGGUGAGAAGCCAUUCCAGUGCAACAAUUGCGGCAAGCGUUUCUCUCAUUCUGGAUCAUAUUCGAGCCACAUGACAGCGAAAAAGUGCUUGAUAAUGAAUCUGAAAAAAUCGAGGCAGAACACCAUAACCAAUGUCGAUCGGGGACAGAAAAAGACGCAUCAGGUUUUAUCGGGACGACGUGACGUCGAUCUGCUGACAGCCAACAAUAAUACGUUUCUGCCGAUUCUGCCAAAGUUAUCGCCGUCGGAGUAUCAAGAGAUACAAAGAGAGGGAACAGGUAUUUAUGACGUGCCAACUCUGUUGCCUCACAUGAUGGGAUUCGGAAAUUAUUUCCUGCAGUCUUCGAUAGGCAAGUUGCUGAACCAAUUGCACGCUAAGCGAUUUGACCACAUUACUGAGCAAUUUGAGACGCAUCGGGAAGUGAUGAGUCCAUCGACAGCAGACUCUGAGGGAACGGAGGGCACUGAGGGCAAGGAGUCUCCCGCACCGGUAGAUCCGUUGCAAGGUCUGGAUGCGGUUCGACGAAUAUUAGAAACUGUAAACACCUCCGUGACGAAGCAGCUGCUUGAAGCGAACAUGCGGAAGCUAUCCACGUCUCCAGCCACGAUGAAACGGGAGUUCGAAGAGGAUUAUCAGGAUCAAGAUAGCGAAAUGUCUAAUGAAAUGACACAUUGUCCGGAUUGGGGCACAACAGACCAAUAUGAUUCUCAAAGUGAAGGUUUAGCCGCGAAGCUCGAGAAUAUCAAUCAUCCGACAUCGAGAUCAGCCAAGAGAAAAGCGGAGGAAAGUUCUGAGGCAGAUUCAGAAGAUGAAGAAGAGGGUAACCAGACUCAAAACGACCACGGUAGAAGAGUCAGAGCUAGGUCGCUCAUAGAUGAUGAACAGCUUGCUGUUUUGAAAGGUUAUUAUGCCAUCAAUCCGCGACCUAAAAAGGAGGAGAUCAUCAUGAUCGCCAAUUACAUCAAUUUUCCUACUCGUGUCGUACAGGUUUGGUUUCAAAAUUCACGUGCCAGGGAUCGAAGAGAAUCGAAAAUGCCACCAGCUUUGGUACCUUUAGCGCUUCCAGAGAAUCCAUCUAUUAUUGAGCAGCCUUUAGAUUUAUCGAAGAAAGAAGCGCUUGUUAUAUCGGCGACCAAAGAUAGUGAUACAUCAAGCAGAAACACCUCGUCUCCAUGCGAACAGAAGGAUGAUAUUGCAGCUCCAACUGUCCCCCUCGACAACGAUGACCUCGAGGAUUUACCUUUAGUCAUAGACGAAGAAACCGCUACUGAUCCCAUUGAAACUAAGCGUAUACCUCCUAGUGGAGAGAUAAUCACAAAGAAUCAAAAUCAAGUAAACGCAAAGGGCGAGAGCGAAAUUGCACCACAAUCGGAAAUAACCCCUACAGCAACAGAAAACGAGCAGGGUCUUUAUUUCUGUGAUCGGUGUGAGAAAACAUUUUCCAAACACAGUUCCCUUACGAGACACAAGUAUGAACAUUCCGGGCAAAGGCCCUACAAAUGUGUGGAGUGUCCAAGAGCGUUCAAGCACAAGCAUCAUCUGACUGAACACAAGCGGCUGCACAGUGGCGAAAAGCCCUUCCAGUGCUCCAAGUGCCUCAAGCGCUUCUCUCACUCCGGCUCCUAUAGCCAACACAUGAAUCAUCGUUAUUCUUAUUGCAAACCCUACAGAGAAUAGAAGUACUCAGUCUUCUUAUCUGAGGCUCGUUCGCUUACCUAUUAGAUUAUACUUUUUUCCCAUAGACUUAUAUAGAUAGACCGUGUUCUCCCGUUGGAGGCAAGAAGUCAGAAUUAGUAGAGAGGACAAGAGACAGUUAGAUACUUUCCUUGUCCGACUGGUGCAGUUGAAGAAGAGAAGGAAAAAGAAGAAGCGGUUAUUUCUUUGUUCUUAGAAAGAGAUGCGCAUUAUCCUCUCUUUCUUCAACUUGCAUUCUUAUAGAUUAUCAUUUACCUUAUACUCUUUUAAUCUUUAAUUUUCCGAUUAAUUUUUUAUAAAAUCGAUAUAUAUAUAUAUAUGGUAUACAUGGAAUAAAGAUGAAUUCCAGGAUUGACCGUGGAAUUUAUCAACAAAUUGUUACAUGGAACUACGCAUUAUCUUAUUUUUAUGUUUUCUUACAUUAACUUUUUCCAGAGCAUUGUGUGACAGACAACUAUGUACAUUUCUGUCCUUCAAUGUUGCCAUCAGCUAUUGUAUAAGAAUGCACAGUCACUCAGAUAACCAAAUCUAUUCAAAAGAUUUUUGCAAAGUGUCAGUACAAAUUUUAUUAGUAGAAUGCUAACAAAAACCAAGCAAAAUCUUUGAUUAUUUGUCUCUUCAUAUACUCUGUUUUUCUUAAUUACUUAUCCCUGCCUCUCCCUCUUUUGUUUCCUAAAAUUUAAUUCCUAUAUUGUUCCUAUAUAUGCUUCCAUAAUUUGUUCGCUCCCUUCUC